AUGGCCUCUUCAAAGGAAAUGCAGCAGACCACAAGGCCAUUGACCCAACACCGUCCCUCCCUCUCGACUGCCCCCUCUUCCGGACUUACCACACGACAAUCCCACUCGCGGACCAACUCCCACUCCAUUCUCGGCGGCGCUCUCAAUGCCAACCACCGCGUCACACGCCGCAAGUCCAUGACCAACACGGCCGCGAACGCAGCCGCCAUGGCCGCCGCAAUCAAGGAAAUCGGCGGCGACAAUGUCACGCCUAUAGCCGUCAGCUCUCGCCGUAACACGGCGUCAAAGAGCGCUGCCGCCCGCGCUGCAAUCGUUGGAAGCCUGCCUUCCCCUCCGGCGAGUCUGCCGACGCAGAAGUUCCAUUUGGACGGGAAGACGGACAUCCACGAGAGCGCCAUUGAAGACGAUCCGAACAACGGGUCGGCGGACGAAGGCGAGAACAAUGCUCAGAAGGCUCGCAUCCGUCGCGCUAGCGACGGACAGCCCCUCAUCAAGGAGGGCAGCCGGAAGUUCAACCGCGUUGAGCUCAAGUGCGAGACGUGCGGAAAGGGUUACAAGCACAGCAGUUGCCUGACCAAGCAUUUGUGGGAACACACUCCCGAGUGGUCAUUGACGUCCAAGCUGCUUAUCUCCAAGCACCAACAAGUCCAGCUCUUGGAAGCUGCCUCGGUCCUGUUGACAAUGAACCAUGGCAAGGAGGAUGCGGACGUGACCACGCCCCCGGAUUCUGCCAAGGACUUCCCCAGUGACCAAGAAGAGUCGGCCUCUCCUGCCGCCUCUGGAUACUCGGACGAGAGACACAGCUCUGCCGACACCACCCCGCCGCCCCAAUUGGAAGGUUUCGCGUCGUCGGAUCGUGCGUUCUCGAAGCGGUUCGGGUCUGGAAGCGGAUUCGGUCGUUCAUAUCAAUCGGCGGUGUCCACCAAUCCUCUUGUGACAGGCAGCAUGCCUCACAGAUCUGGAUUCUCAUCACACUUUCGUCAGACGAGCCAAGACCAACGGCCACCGUCGUCCGGGAGGAAUGCCACCGGGCAAGAAGAUCGUGAUCUGGCGGCGGCAGUCGAGCUUCUCAGCUGCAGCUUCAAUAGCAACAGCGGCCGGACCGUACAACUCCCAGCCGACGCCCCUCCCGUGCCUCCGCUACCUGCGCAGUAUCUCGACCAGGCGGCAUCUUUCUCGAGCGCAGCAGGGUUCAGCGCCGGCUUCAGCGCCGGUUUCCUCAACAGCUUCCCCAGCAGACAGCCAGAGAGCUUCACACGUGGCGAGCUCCGCAACGCCGAUGUCAAGAUGGAAGACAGCGACAGCGUGAUGGACGACGACGACUUUGACCGUCGAUCGCGAUCUCGGAGCGACGAAGACGACGACGGCGUCUUCGGACGGAUGGAAGAGUAG